UACGUGCACACAACGCCGGCGGCGGUGACGUGUUUUGGCGCGGUGGCGGUAAACUUGGCGAUAAAUCUAUCUAUCUAUUUAUCUAUGAGAGAAUCGAGAGAGCUUCAUUUGCUUCACAAUCUGAUCUUUGAAGAUUUAGUCUAAAUCGACAAUCAUCUUCAACUUAACUUAGAUCCAUUCCUUCCUUUCUCUACGGAUGAGAUGAUGGGUGGUAAAGAAGGAUCUGUAAUCGCAUAUAUCGCUUUAGCCAUUUUCAUACUUUUCCUCAUUUCUUACACUCCGAGUAGACCCUCAAGCUCCCGCCAUCGCCGCCUCAAGCUACGCUCCAACUUCUCCUUCUCUCCCGCCGCCGCCGGAGAAAACCAUCAUCAACAUACCCAUCGCGACCGUCAGCGUGUCCCUUUCGACCCGCUGGUUGCCGACAUUGAGAUGAAGAGAGAAGACAGAGAGUGGGAGAAGAUGCAUUUCGAGCAUUCUCAUCCCGAAUUCGCAACUCAUGAAGCUCCUGGGGCGGAAUCUCAGCCCGAAUUCGAGGAUUUCAUGAAUGCGGAGGACUAUAUCAACGAUGAAGACAGGUUCAAUGUUACCGGUCGUCUCAUCUUGUUGUUCCCCAAGUUGGACGUUGAUCCGCCCGAUGGAUUUGCCACUCAGCACGAGCUAACUGAAUGGAUGUUAAAGAGUUCGGAGAAGGAAGUGUUGCAUCGAACUCAGAGGGAGUUGGAGCUUCAUGACAAGAAUCAUGAUGGCUUAGUCUCCUUCGCCGAGUACGAGCCUCCUACAUGGGUUCGCAAUUCAGACAAUAAUAGUACAUAUGGGUAUGACAUGGGUUGGUGGAAGGAAGAGCAUUUCAAUGCAUCAGAUUCUGAUGGAGACGGUUUUCUUAACAUCACAGAGUAUAAUGACUUUCUCCAUCCAGCUGACAGCAAUAACCCAAAACUACUGCAUUGGUUAUGCAAGGAAGAGAUAAGGGAAAGGGAUUCGGAUAAAGAUGGGAAGGUAAAUUUUAAGGAAUUUUUCGGUGGACUGUUUGAUAUGGUAAGAAACUAUGAUGAAGAGCUGAUAGAUCAACAAGAAUCUGAAGAUGCAAGAGAGGCCCCUGCUAGAAAGUUGUUUGCACAGCUUGAUAAGGACGCAGACAGAUACUUGUCGGAUACUGAAUUGGUACCGGUCAUUGGAAAACUUCAUCCAUCAGAGCGUUAUUAUGCAAAACAACAGGCUGACUAUAUCUUAUCACAGGCUGAUUCGGAUAAGGAUGGAAAGUUAAGCUUGACAGAAAUGAUAGAUAACCCCUAUGUGUUUUAUAGUGCUAUAUUCAGCGAGGAAGAGGAAGACGACUUUGAGAAUCAUGACGAGUUUCGCUAGUCUUCACACGACACCGACAGAACUUUAGUCUUCUCGAGAAUUUGAAAAAUGUUUGUAGGAUAAAACAGGUACACUAUUAUUCAUCAUUGGCUGUAAAACUUUGAAGACUUAUACUUAUAUUUAUGUAGGAAAUUUGUAUUAUUAUUUAUUAUGUAUGUGGGUUCAUUGAUUUUAUGAAAAUGAUAAAUUCUUUUA